AGUAGGAACAAAUUCCUGGAUUAUAGAACAGACACACUUUUUACCAUGGAUAAUCUUCAAAGUGAAAAGCUGUUUGAAUAAUCUGGACCAAGUGUGGGAUGGCGGAGAGUGUACCCACUAUGGAUAACUCAGAUGAGGAGUUCUAUGAUGUGCCGGAUUCCUUCCUCGAGCUAUACCGUGGGGAAGGAGAGAAAACUCCACCAGCAUCACAGACUGACUACGCUCCUUCUCCAGGACAAGUCGCAGCUCUCAAUGCUGAAAGCAAAGCUUCGCAAUCUGUCACAGGUAAAUCAGACAAAUAUAUAAAUAACACUGUUAUAAUAAUGAAAAAGCAUGUAGGAAAUUAUAAGUGCAUUGUUUGUACAGAGCCCAACCCUCCUGUGCAGAUUUCAGUCUAUCAGGUCAGCAGUGAGUCACUGUCCCUGCGUUGGGAUACCCCUGCUGGUGAAGUGGAGAGUUAUGUUACGUUGUCAACAGACACAAACAAGCUGACUCUCAGCCACCUGAAGCCUGGGGUGUGCUACUCUCUUCUGGUGUCUACACAACUUAGGAAUGGAAGAAUAAGAAAGCCAGCUGUGACAUCUGCCUUGACGAAGACGUAUCUAGAGAGCUUCAUGGAGAAUAUAGGGUUGGAGCAGCUGUACCCCGAGAAGCUAUCCAAGAGCACAAUACUUCAGAUAGGCAAGAAGACCAUCACUGAUGAACCUCCCAAGUGUAACGCAGAUCUUCCAUGGUACUUCCUAAAGAAACUGAUGAUGGUUAAUGUGAAAGCUAGAAAUGUGAAAUGUACAUCUGCAUGUGAGUCUAACGAUGAUGAUACACUGUCAGAUCUUGAUAAUCUUGAUAAUCUAGGAAAUAGUAUAAAUUCAGGUGACAGGCUAAACCCCCUUGACAUAAUCACUGCCCUCUUUCUGUGCUCGGAUGGUUUCGUACGGCAGGAACUGGCACUCAAAAUGUCCAUGUGUCAGUUUUCAGUUCCUCUGUUGCUUCCUAACUGUGACACAAAGCAGUGCACACUCAUGCUUUGGGCCAUGAGAGACAUUGUUAAAAAGUACAGACCUCAGUCCCUGACCGAAUCCAAGGGCUUUAUUGAAGAACGAAUUGUUCUGUCUGAAUUUCCAUUGAUAUCAUUUGUGAGACUCGGUGAGUGCUCCUUGUCCAAGUCAGAGAUCCUCAAUAAGCUUUUGAGCAAUUCUCAGCAGUACAAUGAUACCUUUGUUCAUCAUGAUAUGGAGUGUGGUGACAGUCCAAGGAGAAUAUCCAAUGGACUCGUUGAAAUCUCUUGGUACCUUCCAUGUGGGAACAAAAACAUGGACGUCUUCAGUGAGCCAGUAGCUGUAGCUAACCUUCGAGGGGACAUUGCUUCAUUUCAAACACAAUUUUCCUUUUUGUGUCAGACAUCUGCAGCAGUGUUUGUGUUCUUUGACACCUUGGAUUCUGAAUGUGAGCUACUUACCAACCAACAACACAAGACACAGAUAUUUUUGGUUGGGAACCAUCAAAGCAAGCGUUCCAGUAUCGACACUCUCAAAAAGAAAGCAACCAAGUUGGGCUUGACUAAGUACAUCUUACUUUUGAAGACCAAACGAAUGAAUGAUGCAGACUUUGUCCAAACAAUGCGAAAAAAAGUCAGCAACGUAGUUGAGAACUCAAAAAUGAAGAUGAGAAUUGAGCAGAUGGCUGACAUUGCCCACGAACUGGGAAUCUUGGUUGAUGAAGAGUCUUCAGAGUGCCAGACUGCCAAGAAAAAUGCAGAUGCCAUCACGACUGAAAUUCAAGAUAUCCUUCAAUACAAAGAAGCUGAGCUGCCCUUACAAGGCCAAAUAUGGAAGGAACUGACUCGCUUAGAGAAGGAAGAAUGUCGGUUUCGAAAUGUCGGAUCCAAGAAUAUAGAAGACUACAAAAGUGAUCUUCUCCUAGAGAAAACACAACUUCGGAAAGAACAGAACUCUCAUGACAUUUCAAAUGCAAUGACAUGUUUCAUCAAUGCAAUAUCAAGCCCAGAGAUAGAGAGGUGCUAUUUCCUGAAAUGGAUGCGAAUGAACCUCGAUAACGUGUCUCGAGAGAAAUUGUCUGACCUCAGGGAGCGGUACAAAGAAAAAUGCAAAAAUCCUGAAAACAAAGAAGAAAUCAAAGACAUUGACAGACAACUUUCCAACAGCUCAUUGGGGAUUGAACACUUCUUCCGUGAAAUGGGUCAGAUCUAUGAAGCUUCACUUUCCCUUCCAGAAACUGAACCAUCACGUAAACAACUACAGCACUUGCCCAAACUAUGUGCACAAUUGUUACUCGAUGGACUUCCUCUUGAGCUUGUAGAUGGAGAAGCAUCCAACAUACCUCUCAGAUGGAUUAGUGACGUUCUUUCUCAGCUCAAUGACUUGAUGUCUCCUCAGAAUAAGAUACUGGUAGUCACUGUUCUUGGAGUUCAGAGCACAGGGAAGUCCACUCUCCUCAACACUAUGUUUGGAGUGCAGUUUGCAGUCAGCAGUGGUCGAUGCACUCGAGGGGCCUUCAUGCUGCUCAUCAGAAUCAAUGAAGAUAUCAAAAAAGAACUCAACUGUGACUUCAUGGUGAUCAUCGACACCGAGGGCUUAAAGUCACCAGAGCUUGCACAACUGGACAAUAGCCAUGAGCACGACAAUGAGCUUGCAACACUUGUUGUUGGGCUGAGUGACGUCACCAUCAUCAAUAUUGCAAUGGAGAAUUCAACCGAAAUGAAAGACAUCCUACAAAUAGUCGUGCAUGCUUUCCUCCGGAUGAAAGAGGUGGGCAAAAAGCCCAAAUGUCAGUUUGUUCACCAGAAUGUGUCAGACGUUUCAGCCCAUGAGAAGAAUUUACGAGACAGGAAACUGCUGAUGCAACAGUUAAACGAGAUGACCCAGGCAGCAGCCAAAAUGGAAAAGAAAGAAGAGAACAAGAACUUCACUGAUGUGAUGGAGUACAGUCCAGACACUGGGAACUGCUACAUUCCUGGACUCUGGAAUGGAAACCCACCAAUGGCACCAGUCAAUGCAGGGUACAGUGAAGCUGUGUAUGAGCUGAAGAAGAACAUAAUCCAUGUUUUGGGAAGUUGUGAGUCAUCUGCUUAUGAUAUCUUGGAGUUUACAAAGUGGAUGAAAAGUCUUUGGAAUGCAGUAAAGCAUGAGAACUUCAUCUUCAGCUUCAGAAACAGCCUGGUGGCUGAUGCCUACAUGAAGCUGUGCUCAGAAUUCAACAAAUGGGAAUGGGAAUUCAGACAACUCAUGUACACGUGGGUUACAGAUGCAGAAACAAGGAUUCGCAACUUUGGUACCGUUGCUGGGAAAUCUGAGAUAUCUGACAUGUCAGAAUGUGUCAAACAGUUGAAAAGUGAAGCUUCCACAAUUCUGUCUGAAUGGGAGACAAAGCUUCUUGAAAACCUGGCACGGUACUUCAAGCAGACAGAGGGUCAUGUCUACCUCGUUGAAGAAUACAAAGAAGUCUUUAAAAGCAGUGCUAAGAGUUUUCGACGACAAAUGCAGAGCUCCGUGUUUAAUCAACUCACAGCAGCAGCUGACAUCAGAAACGGGAUGACAGAACUUGAGAGAAUCAAGGAGAAUCAUACAAAAGAAUUGGAGGGGAGAGUGCAUGCAUUGAUAGAAGAGUGUCAGAAGAAAAAUAUCCAAAUGACAGAAAAGGAGCUGGAUGAAGAAUUUGACAAGAUGUGGACUGAAACGGAGAAGGAACUUUCCUUUAAAGAAAUGAAGUUCGAUGACAUUUACAACAGUGUGACUCACCAGCUGCGAGAAGAUGUAUUACAUAAGGGAAGUCAUGCAUCUAAAUUGUUAAAUAAAAACAGGCUGCAAGAUUGUGGAUUGGAUCCUUUUAUAUACACAGCUAAAGGAUUCUUAAAGCGUUGUCAAGACACAUGGAGUAAGGUGUUCAAUGUUCAAAGUCACACAACGGCUGUACAACACUUUGCAGAUUGCAUCAUUGAUCAUUGCAAACAGUUGAUAAGUGAUAAGAUGCAAAGACAAAAUAAUUACCAUGACACUUACAUCCAGGAGAUUUUAAAAGUGAUUGAUGAGAGGCUGCAAAACAAUCAGGAUGUUCAGACAGACAUCAAGUUUGAAGUUUCCCUGAAACAGUACAUCUGUGGCUUUGCAGCCACACAGUUUCAGAAAAUGCAUGAGGAUUACAUACAGGCGAAUGAUCCUUCCAGAUGUCUGAAUCAAAACAAGGAAAAGUUUCGCACUGACUUUAAAGAUGUAUUCCAUGACCGAGACCAGUGCCAAAAGAAGGCAGAAGAAUUCACGCGUUGCUGCUUGAAGCCUGCAGUCGAAGACUUUGUCUACCGGUCCCUGGGUCCUGAUAUCAUUGGAGAAAUGCUGACAAAUGAGCAGUUCAGCACACGGAUGUCCUUCCAGUACUCAGUUUUACUGGAUUUGCUUAGAAAGGAUGUCUUUAAGAACUAUCGGAGCUACAUUUGCUUCUAUGAAGUGUAUGUCAAGAAGUGGAUACUCAACAAAAUAGUGGAACGCUUCUCAGAAGAGUCUACGAUGUUUGAGUUUGAGGAUCGACAUGUUCAGUCAAGUAUCAGGAUCAUCAAUGCUGCUGUCAACAAAGCCAAAACAGAAAAGAGUGCCAACUUGGAGUCAUUUGUUAAAAACGUCUGUCAGGAACUUGGUGAUAAGCUGGUCAUUUCCCAGGAUGCUCUUGGUGCUUUCAUGAUCCUGAACAAUGCCGACCAGGAGCAGUUUGCUCACUGGCUGACUGAGUGUGUGAAGGACAUGGCACAAGACCUUCAAGAGGAGUUUAAUGAAACAGACAUACUAAUGAAACUAAAAGACCUUCGUGUGAAGCCUCAGAACGAGCUUUUCACCAAACUGAUUGGAUGUGGUAAGCAGUGUCCAUUCUGCGCAGCGCCUUGUGAGGCAGGAGGACAAGAACAUAGCGAGCACUUUGCUUCACUACAUCGGUCGACAGCUCUGGGUCAAUACAGAUGUUCUCUCUCACAGAUACUUAUCACUGAUAUAUGCUCCUCUCUUGUGAUCACACCAGACAGGACUUUUCGGUGUGAUGCUACAAACUGGGAAAUUCACCACUUCAAGGAUUACAAAGCCAUUUUCCCUGACUGGAAAAUCCCACCAGAUGGAAGCCUUGAGGCAUCAGACUACUGGAAAUAUGUACUCGCCAAAUUCAACAACAAGUUCGCCAAAGCAUUCAAAGCAGAGCCUGCUGAUAUUCCUGAAAUGUGGGAAAUGAUUACACCUCAGCAAGCAGAGGAAAGCCUCAAAGAGUCUUUCAACAUCAAGUGAGGAAGACUCCACGCAUUGUGGUUACAGAGGUGCACACCCUCAUAAAUAUUCAUUAUCCUCCUGUGAAUAUUUAGAUCUUACUUGUUUUACAUGAUAAAAAGGAGGAUCAGAAAUAGUAUCAUGGCAUUACAAUAUGACAAGAUUAAAGACAAUAGUCCUGUGACAACUUACUGUCAGCUUUCCAUGAGGAGCAAGAAAAAGCCUCCUGACUGCAAACAUUACAAACUGGUCUGGGAUGAGCACAACACAGGACCGGAGGGCUCUACAGCAGGUGAUUAAAGACCCAGAACAUCAUUGGCACAUAUCUACGAGGCUUCAGUGAUAUUGUUGAGAGGAGGAAGACAAACCCUCCCCAGCCACCACCUGUUCACCCUGCUGCCGUCUGGAAGAGAUGCAGAAGAAUCAGCUGCCAUUAGACUUUAGAACAGCUUCUUUCCUAUGGCUGAGAGUCAUGAACUCAUCCUCCACCCUCCAUAUACACAUAUAAUACUGUUUUUUUCCUUCCUACAUAGCACAUUGAGACUACAAUCCACAUGUUGAUGUGCAACCCUGUCGUACAAAGACAAAUACAAACCGUGUCAUCUUGUAAUAUUGUGAGUACACGUAUAUAUUUUCCAACAAUUUACAAUAUGAGAAUAUGAGAAAAUCCCUGCAGCGCUCAGAUCACAUUUAACAUGUUUAUUAAAAAUAAUCUGCUUUAACUAUGUUUAUUUUGCCGUUUUAAAUAUGUAUUGAUAUAUCAGUAUAUUGGCACAUGUUAGAUGAUCAGACUUUGGUUUAAAUGUUUUUGUGGAAGAUGAUUUUCAUUAUAUUGUUAUUGAAAAAAUGUAACCUGUGAAUCGAAUGUCAUAUCUUUCAUUUAGGUUUUUUUAUUCUGUGACGUUUCUAAUCUCAAAUGUUAAAAUUCUUUUUCACAUUUUUUUUAAGAGGACGGUUUUAUUGGAUUCAGUAUGAUGUACAACUGGAGUCAGAAUAUUUGAGUCUAACAAUUGUUUCUGUGAAGUAAACGAUGCAAAACAUUAACAUUGAAAUCUAUAAAACUAUAAUUUGUUCUGAACGUCAACGUGUAAGUUGUGAUCUUAUUGAGAAGAAUAUGUUUUGCUUUAUUAGUUAACGUUUUAAGUUUUAAGUCUUUGUUUUUAUUUCGGUUAAGUAUGGUUCCAAAUAUCUACAUAUUUCGGUUCAUGUUGUCACUUCUACAUAAAAUUCCACAUAUUUUAAAUCUUUCUUGUGGUAUUGUUCACAUUUUAACAUUGUUUUAAUCAAGUUGUGUGUGAUGUGUAAUUAUUUUGACUCUAAAUCUAGAAUAUCUUCGUAAAGUAUCUAUGCAAAACAUUAUAUUUGUAUCGCUCUUUUAAACACUUUCUUUUAUUAUUAUUAGUAUUUCAUGAAAUAUAUUUACAUUUUUAACUUUACAAAAUUGAUGCUGUGUUGAUUUACGUUCAUGCAUGACAAAGUUUGUUUUAAUCAAGUGCAAUAAAUAUAUUUUUCCUUUCAAGUAUCUGAUUCCAACAUUUAGAUAAACAAAAUCAAAUGAUGUCGUGACUGUUAACAUGUUUACUUCCCUCUGUUCACUCUGUAUCAAUAAAGAAGCACAAGAGUCA